AUGAUUACAUUACAUUAUAAUUAUGAAAGAACGAAAAGAAGAGCAGAAAUGGCAUAUCUUAAAGAACAUUAUCCACAAAAUAUAUUUCAAUUUCAUAAAAUAGAUAUAAAAUUUCAAACCAUCAAGAAGAACAAAACGAGAUAUAAUUUAAAACAAAUUGCAGAAAAGGAAGAACCACAUGGAAUUUUAAGAACUUUUGCUAUUUGUUUAAUUCCAUUUUAUGAAGUGUAUCGUGGAUGUAGUUGUUGGUGUAAUAUUUUAGCAACAAAAUUAUCUUCAAAAUCAUCAGAAGAUGAUAACAGAAUACAUCAGUUGACAUAUCAUGUAUAUAAAACAAAAGAAUUAAUUGAAAAAUAUGGAAAUGAAAUAAAAACAGGUAAAAUAUGUGGUAUUUAUAUUGAAAAGAUUUUAAUGGGAAUAGUGGUUAUAUUACAGAUUGUUAUACUAGUUUGUAUCAAAUCAUAG